AUGCAACUAACUGGUCAGCUGUUUGAAACGAAUGAAUCAACCAACGGCGUGUUAGUCACAAGGAACUUGCAAUUAAAAGGAGAGAAUGAGGAAAAUCAAAGGUAAAACAAACACAACCGAAAAAGAAUUUGUGUUUGAGUUCAAGGCAGGGAGAAAUCAUUGUGUCCUCAAAGUUCCCCUUGAGUUUCCCGUUAAAGAAAACGUCAGUGAUCUUCAUGGGAGACUCAUGUUGCUUCAUAAAAUCCCUUGCUUUGUAGAACAUGACUUGAAGAAUAGACUUCUGGCUUUCAUUGAGAGUGAAACGUUAGAAGAUUACAACCGGGAUGCAGAAGCAGCACUACAACGGCUGACAAGUGGAGAAGUGGACAUUAACAAACUGACAAAUUCGUGGGCCAAAGCGUAUACUGAGACAACCCUGGAGCAUGCCCGCCCUGAGGAGCCAAGCUGGGAUGAGGACUUUGCAGAUGUCUACCACGAGCUCAUCCACUCCCCAGCCUCAGAUACGUUACUCAACCUGGAGCACAGCUACUACGUCAGCGUGUCCGAGCUCAUCGGCGAGAGGGACAUGGAGAUCAAGAAGCUCCAAGAGAGGCAGGCUGCAGAAAUGGAUAAAGUUAUGCAGGAGCUGGGAAAGACAAUGAGUGACCAGGAUGUGAAUACAGUGGCCUCACAGCAUUUUGACGCUCAGCAGGAUCUGGAGAACAAGUGGGCCAAUGAGCUGAAGCAGGUUACAGGUAUUCAGAAACAGGAGUACCAAGAGUGGGUGAUCAAACUGCACCAGGACCUCCACAACCCUAACAACAGCACCAUCAGCGAGGAGAUUAAGGUGCAGCCUGGGCAGUUGGCGGAGGGCGGGGAGUUGGGGGCUGGGCUCUUCGAGGAGCAGCAGCAGCUGGAGGAGAGCUUCACCAUUCACUUAGGGGCUCAGCUGAAGACUAUGCACAAUCUGCGGCUGGUACGCGCCAAUGUGCUGGACUUCUGCAAGCACCGUCACCACGGCAGCAGUGGUGCCAAGCUCCGGCGCCUGCAAACUGCACUUUCGCUGUACUCGUCUUCUCUUUGUGGCCUCGCCCUGCUCGUCGACAACAGGGUCAACUCCUACAGCGGCAUCAAGAGAGAUUUUGCCACGGUCUCAAAAGAGUGCACAGACUUCCAUUUCCCCCGACUCUCUGAGCAGCUGGAGGUGGUCCAGCAGGUGGUGCUAUACGCCCGGGCUCAGCGCAGCAGCAAGCAGAAAGAACAGCCGGAAAUGCCAAAAAAUGGAACAACCGAGGAUAAAAACAAGAACAUUGAGCGAAACUCUUCCAAUAUUCUUCCUGGUGAAUUCUACAUCACUCGGCAUUCAAAUCUGUCAGAGGUGCACAUCGUGUUCCAUCUGUGCGUGGACGAUAACGUGCGCUCAGGGAACCUCACAGCCCGAGACCCGGCCAUCAUGGGUUUGCGCAACAUCCUGAAAGUGUGCUGCACGCAUGACAUCACUACCAUCACCAUCCCGCUGCUGCUUGUGCACGACAUGGCUGAGGAGAUGACCAUUCCCUGGUGUCUGAAGCGAGCUGAGCUGGUCUUUAAAUGUGUGAAAGGUUUCAUGAUGGAAAUGGCUUCAUGGGACGGCGGUAUCUCACGGACGGUCCAGUUCCUCGUCCCACAGAGUAUCUCAGAGGAUAUGUUCUACCAGCUGAGUAACAUGCUGCCUCAGAUCUUCAGAGUGUCCUCCACCCUCACUUUGACAUCCAAGCGCUGACUGAGAUCUUGCAGAAUGGCUCAUCAUAUGUUAAAUUUAAGUUGCUGGGGUGGGACAUUUUAUGUUGAAAUUUGGCAGUCAAUCAUACCUUCAGUGCAGUUUGCAGUUGUUUAAAAGAGGCUUGAUAUCCAUGACUGGUUACUGAUUUAAUGCUAUAAGGCUGUGCAGUCCCUUUGGCUGUGCUCCUUGUCCUGCACGUGCCCUGCUGGUAUACUAGGCAUUCUGCCUGAACUCCCAACCUGCUAUGAGUGGUUAUAGGUCUGUUGGAAAGUGGGAACUGGAUUCUUUUAACAUUUCCAUGCUUGAAAGUUGGCUUGUGUUAGUCCCAUCACUGAUGGCCUUUGGAACCUGAAAGGCUUGUUCUGGAAACAGCCAGGACUCAGCAACAUGUGGUUAUUUUAUAUUGGCAUGUGUUAGAGAUGUAUAAUACCAAUUUUCCUAGGUAUUAAAAAGACUGAAGGGCAUACUUGUAUGAGAUGUCACAAGUUAUUCUUACUCUCUACCAUCUAACACGUGUUUUUGAAAUGAAAACUAUGCCAUCUAAUGAUGACUUUUGUGUGUCCUGCAAUGUGAAUUAAGAUGUUGAAUAUGUGAAUUACAUCUCCUUUAAACAUAUUAACAAAGGGAGAAACAUGACUAGGCAAGCUUGUUUUGAGGCUUGUAUUUUGAGGGCCUCUUCCUGAGCACCCUUUACAAGAAAACUAUGUUGCGCUUCUUGUGAUGACAAGCAGUUUUUCUGGGUGCUGCAUUGCAGUCAAUCACCAUUGGCACCUUAUGCCACCCCUCUGACUAAUGAACAGCAGAGGGCGCUGUUCUAACUCACAGUAACAGUAGCUUUCUAUGAGAAGUGAGCCUAUCGAGACUUGCUGAUCUGAAACGUCAAAUGAUGCCGACUAUUCGAGAGCUCUAAAUGAUUUACCAUGUGUUUUUAUAAUAGUUGCCAAUUAAAGUCCACGCAUUCUCACUCUAA